UUCAGUUUUCAUCACGGCGUCGGUGUACAAGCAUGUCACAUUUAAUUCUCGCUGUCAUUGUCGGUUGUGAUAAUUGAACUGCGCAACGUAUUGCGUGUGUUGCUUGUUAGCUUGGCGGCUAACGGUGAGCUAAAGUAGCCACAGAGAACAAUGUCGACCCUGAGAAGAAGAAGAUGAAGAAGACUCCUCAUGUCCAUCUGCGGAGAAAUGCAAAUGUUUGCGGCGUUGCAGAGCAAAUAAUAGUUUCGUGUCUGUGUAUAUACCUGAUACCUGACUGAGUCCGCUGUUUAAAUCAGUAAGGGUGGUUUCGUUUGCAAACGAGUGUGCAGAGAGGAAGUGGAAUGACACUACACAUGUCCUUAAUAAGGCUUUGACAGUUGUGUUACCUUUGGAUGUCAGUAUGGACCCAAUGGAAAAUAGCAGUGUCAAUGAUGAUAGUAAUUCAGAAGAACAGCAGAAUCAGUCAGAAGAGGCAGAGUUGGGUGCUAGGCCGUCGUUGUCUCAGGUUAAAAAGUCCUGGGGCUUCAGGCGGACGACCAUUGCGCGAAGGGAGUUCCUGGAUGAAGUCGGCGACCUAACCCACAGUCCUCUGCCCGUGCGCAGAGGCAGAAAUCGCAGAAGCAACCAGACACCACAGGCCACUCUAGAAACUCGUGCCACCCAGAGAGCUACACGUGCAACUAGGAGUGUUAUAGAGGACCUCGAGUGGUCUGCCCCAUCCUCACCUGCAUCAGAGGAGAGCAAGCCAGCCUCUGAAGCUUUUCCAGGAGGGAGUCGCGACACCAGCUUAUGGCAAGAUUUUGGGUCUGCCUUCGACACCGCCUUCUCACUGCUCGGUGGGGGUGAGGACCUGCCUAUGGAAACGUCUAAUACACUGACGGUCCCAGACAUCUUGGAAUCCACAGAUGCCAUUGAGGCUCCUCCUCCAGAGGCUAUAGAUGAUCCCGAGGUGCCCGACAAUGUGGAAUCUGGUGAUGACAUGGAGAUCUCACAACCCGUUGAACCAGACAACAUGGCAGGAGGGGAAAUUGAUGAUGUGGUGUUGAUCUCUAGUCAAGAAGAGGACAGUGAUGAAAUGACUCUGAUACAGAUUAAGGAGCAGCUGGCAUCUAAGGGCAGGCAGGGAGAUACAAGAGCUAGAGGGGGGAAAGGUGGAAGAGGGAAGGCCAGGGGAAGGGGGAGAGGCAGAGGAAGGGGUAGGGGAAAAGGUAGAGGAAGGGGCAGAGGUAGGGGCAGGGCAGCGGAGCUUCAGUCAAUCAUUGCAGACAAUGAGGACAGUGAUGAUAACAUGCUGCUUGUUCAUCCAGCUGAACAGGGACUGCAACAGUUACAAGAGGAGGAAAAGGUGAACGAUCCACUCAAUCCUGCUGAAUUAGAGAUAUCGCCUGCUCACUCUGAUAUCACUCUGAGUCCUGCUCAGCGAUCAAGCUCAGAUUGCAUAAUCAUAGACUCUGAUUUAGACCAGAAUACUGAUGUAACUCCUGGACAGUAUGAUGAUGCACCAGAGGCGGAGGCGGCGGAGGAGGAGGAGAAGAAAGACGAUAUGAAUGUAGGAGAGUAUUCAGACAUAUUGCGCUCUCAGGGUUAUGACUCCGAUACUCUGUACUGCAUCUGUCGACAGAAACACAAUAAAAGGUUCAUGAUCUGUUGUGACAGUUGCCAGGAGUGGUUCCACGGCAGCUGUGUGGGUAUCAGCAAGACACAGGGCCGUAAGAUGGAGAAGAGAGGGCAAGAGUACAUCUGCCCCCCUUGCACUACAAAGAAGCAGAGCCAGCUCCAACCCGAACCUCACCCUCAACCGGAGCCCGAGCUUAGCUUUCCCGAAUGUUUGACACUAAGUCCUUCUGGUGAAGAAGGAGGGGGCAAUGAGGAGCAGCAAGCCCCCAAGGAGACUGUAGUGGUGGUGGAAGAGAAGGAGGAGGAAGCUCCUGUGACGAGGCCAGAGCCUGAACCUGAAGCUGAGAUGGAGAGGGACAGCUGUCUUCCUCUGUGCAUUGGGCCCGGGUGCUCCAAACAAGCCCUACCGGACUCAGUUUACUGCGGCACUGACUGCAUCCUUCAGCAUGCUGCUGUCACCAUGAAGACUAUGUCUGGCCCUAAGGUGCCACGGUCUAAAGGACGGGUACAGAGAAAAGCUGCUGCUGCCAGACCCGCUGCAAAAGCUCAGAGGUCGAGUAGGAUGUCUAAGAGAUUAGCAGGAAAAGCUGAGGAGGAAGGUGAAGAGGAGGAGACAAAGGAAGCUGAUGGAGGGCAGAAGGAGGCUGCGUCUCCCUUAGCCUGCGACCCCGUUCAGGCCACUUCCAUACCACCAUCUAAGUUUUACACAGCGUCUAACACUAAAAAGGUAGAGGCUGACAUUGAGGAUGUAAGCCCUUCAAAACAAAUUCAAGAGGACACCUCUACAGAUGCUGCUCCCUCUUCCCAGCCUAUUUCUGAGCCAGCCCCGCCACAAAGUGACUCUCAAGAGAAAACAAAAGCGCCAGUGAACAGUGGUGUAUCUAAGCAGCAAUCUGCAGAAUCAAAUCCCUGUAUACCACCAAACCCAACAAAAUCUGGUCUGACUCCAGCCCUACAAUCCCCAUCCACCUCAGCUCCCAGACAUCAUGAAACAGGAGCCCUUAUGGUCACUAAGACCUCAUACGUCAUACCAAAGAAACAGUCUGCACCCCAGCCUCUGUCCAGACAAGUGCCAGCCUCAACAUCAUGCCAGAAGCCUUCUUCAGCCCCGACGCUGCUAAAUGAAACCAGAAAUCUGCCUGUGCCUCCCGCACCCAGUGCUCCCUCCUCCAGACCCUCUCAGCCCAAUAACCAGGUCAGACAGAGCAUCCAGCGCUCCCUCGUCAGCAUCCUGUUCAAAAGGGUGUGUGAUUGUGAGGAUUUGGAGAUGACUGAGAGUGAAGUUGUGAAGCUUGUCCAGAGCAUUGAGAUGGAGAUGUUUGACAUAUUUCGCAACACAGACAGCAAAUACAUGAACAAGUACAGAACUAUAAUGUUCAACCUGAAAGACCCGAAAAACAAGGGCUUGUUGUAUCGGGUUGUACGUGGAGAGAUCAGUCCCUUCAGACUGGCCAGGAUGAGCCAGAAGGACAUGCAGGCUAUUAAGGCAUCAGAGCUGAGUGCAAAAGAAAUAACCGAGGUUAAGGAUGCAGCUACUAAAACAACAAGUUUGCUGCUGAAGCCUGAAGCAGUGAAGGUUGAUUUGCCCAGUUUGAAUCCCACUAGACCUGAUAGAAGCAUGGAACAGAAGAAAAGUAUUCCUGCUCCUGCUCCUGCUCCUACUCCUGCUCCCAAGACCAGAACAAUCCAGCCAAGCCAAAGCAGUGCUGUACCUGAUAUUUUUGCCUGUAUGCUCAAGGAUACAACAUCAGAGCACAAAACUCACCUGUUUGACCUGAAAUGCAAGAUAUGCACAGGUCAAAUGCUUGCUGGGGAUGAGGAGGAACUCACAAAGAAAAAUCCUAAGAUAUCUGAAACAAAAGAUAAAUAUGAACCCUCUUGGAGAAAGUCUGCAGGAGAUGACUCCCCUCUGCGGGCACCACCUGAUUCACCUGACAUGGAAUCUCCAACCUCAUCUUUAUUGGAUCCUUCAUCUCGGCUUAUCAUUGACUCCCCAGUAUUGACUAUAGUAGAAUCCCCUGCUUCCCCAGUAAUGGAGUCUCCGGCCUCCCCUACUUUAGAGUCUCCAACUUCCCCUGUCAUGGAGUCCCCUGCGUCCCCUACUCAAGACACUCCUAAAACUGCUACAACAAAGAGAGAAUAUACACCAGUUGUGAUUCCAGCUGUCUCCACAGUAACCAUCACAAGGCGUGACCCCCGCACUGCGGCAAGCAGGUUCUCAUCAGCAGGCGCUUCAUCUGCUGACACCUCUGGUCCCAGAAAUACAGCCAAUAACCAGUCAGUCCCCUAUGCGCCUCUCCAAGAGACUAGAUCAGCGUCGUCCUCAGCACCAGCCUCCUCACUACCACCAACAAAAACAUUACCUAAAUCUAUCUUAAUGAAGCCAACUUCCUCUGCAGAUCCUAGACUUUAUGGCACAACCUCAAGGACCACAAUAUCUGAAUCUCCAGCUGAUGACACGGCUCAGUUCUUGGCUAAGGAAGACAUAGUGUGGAAAGGCUUCCUAAACAUGCUCACUGUAGCCAAGUUUGUCACCAAAGGAUAUCUGGUUUCAGGAUGUGCUGAAAGUCUUAAAGCGGAUUUACCUGAUACCAUACAAAUUGGGGGACGAAUCUUGCCUCAAACAGUGUGGGACUAUGUUGCAAAACUAAGAACCUCUAUUACAAAGGAGUUAUGCGUGAUCCGGUUUCACCCUGCAACAGAGGAGGAAGAGGUGGCCUAUGUCUCCCUGUUUUCCUAUUUCAGCAGCAGAGGUCGUUUUGGUGUGGUCGCCAAUAGCAGCCGUUCUAUCAAGGAUUUUUACCUCGUCCCGCUGAGUGCUAAAGAAUCAAUCCCAUCCAUACUACAACCUCUUGAAGGACCAGGGCUUGAAAAAAGACGACCGAAUCUUCUUCUGGGACUGGCAAUCAUUCAGAAGACAAAACGCCCAGGUAGCUUGCCUCAGGAAAUUGAAGAAAAGAGACCUAAAGUUCAUAUGUCCAAAGACCCUAUGUGGAUCCCAAAACCUCCGGUCCUCUAUGGUUCUGACAAAUUGGAGAUAUUCCAACCAUAUGAUCCAGAGACUCCUUCUAACACCACCCCUCCUGGCUCAUCAUCUUGUCCUGGGUCACCAUCAGAGUCUUCUUCUUCUGGCUCAAUUACCGUACCAUCUCUUCUGACUUCCAUUAGAGCAAACCCUCCUGUUUCUACCUCAGUCACUGUUGCUGCCCCUCAGUCCACCUCUGACAGCAUCAUUGACAAGAAUCCCACAACAGCGUCCGAUAAGAAGACACCACUGCACACUAUCUUGAAGAGUUUGUUUGGCAAUAAGGAAACAGACUCUGUGAUCUCCUCUGAUGGACGUUCUACAACAACAUCUAGUAUUAAGAAGCCUCCAGUGUUUUCUCAGGUGUCAGGAUCGAUGCUGGACCCAAUUGUCCAACAGUAUGGACAGAAAUCCAAACUCAAAGAAAUAGAAGAAGAGGAAAAUGACUUUGACCGACCAUAUGAUCCAGAAGAGGAGUAUGAUCCAGCAAUGGGAUAUGGAAGGGUUGCAUCACGGAGCAUAGAAAAAAUUAAGGCAAAUGGCCCUGCAGUAUCAGGCUCUGUAGAAGAUGAUGUGGCCUAUGAUCCAGAGGAUGAGACUAUCUUUGCAGAUAUUCAAAGUGAUACUAUAACAAAGCCUCCUGUUCUAACUCAAAUGUCAGAUUCUCUAGAAUGCUCAACCCCAGUUUCCACACAGGCUGUAACACCAGCUCCCACCUCCACUUCAGUGCAAAUAACUUCCACAGCUGGAGUAACGCAGAACCUUCCCACAGGCACUGUGGUUGUCUCGGCUGCAACACUAACUGAACAACAGCGAAUGCUUGAAGAGCUCAAUAAGCAGAUCGAAGAGCAAAAACGGCAGUUGAAGGAGCAGGAAGAGGCACUACGUCAACAGAGAGAGGCUGUGGGUAUGUUCAUGGCUCACUUUUCUGUUUCAGAUUCUCUGAUGUCUCCCCCAUCAAAAUCUUUGCCUGUUAGUCAACUGUCCUCUCUGCAGAGUAGUGUAAUGCAAACAGAAUCAAGGCUUUCAGAAUCAUCAGACAAGACCAGCAACCUUACAGACACUGUGGAGAGUUCAAAUGUGGAUUCACAAACUGUUAAGCUAGAAGACACAACUGCAAUGCCGAAUUUAAAAAAUGACACAGAUACUGUUACAGAGCAAGAUGAAACACAGGAAGAUGUUAAGGAAAGUGACAAGUCUGCUGGAGAGAUUGAAGAUUCUGAUGUAGCUUAUGAUCCUGAGGAUGAAUCACUUUUUAAUGAAAUUCAAGAUGAUGUAUUUCAAGGAACCAGCAUAAAUACUUGUGAUUCAUCUUUGUCAAGAACAGGGCAUAGUGGCUCCCACAAGGGCACUCUAAAUUCCUACCACAGCAGAAAGCGAAGGCUGUCACCAAAGAGGCGGAGUCAUCGUGAAAGGGACCGCCAUAGAAGUCCUUCAAAAAAGUCACACCGGCAUUCUCCUUCACAUUCCCAUAGACAUAGAGAAAGGGAUAGACAUAGAAGAAAUGAAAGGGACAAGUCCAGACAUAGAGCUAAAGACCAGUCUGAACGGCAGGGUCGCCAUCGUAAAGAGCAUACCUCACGCCGACAUUCUCGUGGGCGUAGAAGAUCCCCAUCAUCUCCGAGAAAAAAACAUUCUGUAUCCCUUUCACCAAAACAGCAAAGAGCACCUUCCCCUCAGGUUCUUGAGAAACCUCCUAUGUCGGUUACUAUUAAAAAUGACCCUGAUGGAAAAUGUAAUGUGGAUGUGAGGCCUGAUAAUGACUUUCCUCCCUGUUCAGAUGAACUACUCCACAAUGUAAAGCUUGAGAUUUCAGAACCAACAACAUCCCAGGAGCUCUCAAAGAAUUCUGUCAGUGACCAUGACAACACAUGUAGAGGUUCCUCUGCACAGAUGGAUAAACUCUCUCAACAGGAAACUCUGCUUAAUGACAAAAUUGAUAGUACAAUUCCCCUAAGAGAAAUUGACCCACCCAUUCGAGAUUCUCCUCAGAGCCCUGAUCCAGAGCCACAGUUUGUGAGUUCUAGCAGAAUUGGGAAGAGUGAGGAAAUCAAAAAUCUUGAGAGUUGUGUUUCAAUGCCAUUUGUGAAAGUUGAAGAUAAUUGCCUGCCUAUUGGUGGUCAAGCAACAAUGUUCAAUACACUGUGGCCUACUUUUGGAGGUACAAUAUCAGAUGUUAAAAAUUUGGAUUUUAUAGCACUAGAUCUACAGGGUCCAGGUGCCGGAGAUCAUGGUAUAAUAAAGGCAGACAAACCAAUAGAAGAAAAAAGUCCAGACUUAACACAUCCAGAAAAAGUGGGUCAAGGGGGAGGACAUUCAGCUACAGCCACAGAUAUUCCUGGCUUAAGACAUAAAAUAGACCCUGUGACAAACUGUCCAGGUUCUGGUCUGAGUGGUCCAGGUAAUAGGAAUCCAGGAGCAGAUAUGAAAGAACCUGGACAUGGGGGACCUCAGAUAUAUCUAAGAGACACAGGAAUUAGAUUCCCAGGGCCUCAUAUGAGAGGUCCAGGCAUGCAAGGAAUAAACCCCAGCACUUGGGUUCCUGGAGCAAACCCACAAGACUUAGCUUUAUGCAUUCAAGGAAAAUAUGUAAAGGACUUAGGGACAGAGAUGCAGGAUUCAGGACCAAAUAUAAAAGAAGCAGACAUUCAGCAUCACAAUACAGAAAGAAUUGGUUCAGGGCCAGUUAUGAGAGGUUCUGGGAUGAGGACUCCAGUGCAAGAUAUGGAAAGUUCUAGCAUGCAAGGUGUGAACCCAGAAGUAAAAGGUCCAGGCCCUAAUAUGGGAAACAAUGAAACAGAAAUGAGAGGGAUGGAUCCAGUCAUGAAGAGACCUGGACUUGACAUGAGGUAUCAUCUAAGUCCAGAUGGUGUGAUGGAAGUAGGGAGAGAUCAAUCUUUUGGCAGCCCACAGAUAGAAGGUAGGGCUCCAGAUUUUAUAGGAAGAGGUAGAGGCCAAAAUGAUAGAGGUGAAAGUCCACAUACUGGAGGUAUGAGAUCUGCUAUGAGGGGUCGAGGUUUAAGGGAUCCAGGUCCAUCUUUUAGGGGCUCAGGGAGAGUUCAAGGACAAUCAAGGCAUGAUGGCAGUCCAGUCUUAGAGAAUUGGGGACCUUGGAAAAGGGGUUUUCAGCUACAUGGGAAAGAUACAGACUUGAGCAGGGUGGGUGGUGGUCGAGAAAGAAGUUUAGAUUUGGAUCCAACUACAGGUUCAGAGGGUGCAGUUCUAAGAGCAGAUGGUCUACCCCCAGCAAUGUCAGAUGAAAGGCAGGACCCACAACGAGGCCAAGAUGUGCCCAUGAGAGAACCAGGAACAAACAUAAAUUAUCAAAGUGAUGGGCCUAACAUGUCCUGCAUUGGUCAAGACAGUGCUGGGCCUAGAAAACAUCUCAAUGAACCAUGGUCAGAAAGGAAUGUGUGUGGCCCUGACAUUAGAGAUUUAGAAACUGUGCAUGACCUAAGAAGGCCAAAUAUAAGAAGUUAUAUGGGGCCUGGUCAAGAUAUGAGAGGUGUGGAUGGGUCAAAUUCAAUGAGUGACAGAAGUCAGUUACAUGCACAGCGUUCAAGGAAAGAUACAGGUUCAGAUUGGAGUAACCCAGGGUCAAACAUAAAAGAUGAUUGGAGAGGGCCAGAGAGAAGAGGAUCAGGUCCAUUCGGGGGAGGGCCAUGUAUGUCAGAUGAAUGGAGAGUCAGUCAGCAUGAUAGGAGAGGUCCAAACAUGGAGGACAUGAGGCAUGAGAGGAGAGGACCAGGUGGUCCAGAUGUCAUGGCACCAGGACAUUUAAAGAGAGGACCUGAUAUGGAGAUCCAAGUGCAUGACAGGAGGGGACCAGGAGGUCCAGAUUUCAUUGGACCAAGGCCUGAAAGGGGAGCUUCUGAUAUGGAAGUCCCAAUACAUGACAGGAGGGGACCAGGCGGCUCAGAUUUCAGGAGACUAGAGCCAGAAAUGAGAGGUUCACCUAAUGAAAAUCUAGUACCUGGCAUGAGAGGACCAGGGGGUCCAGACUUUGUGGGACCAAGCAAUCAAAGGAGGGGUGUACCGACGGAGGGUCCUGGCCCUAACAGGAGAGGACCAGAAGGUCCCGAUUUUAGGGGACCAUGGUCUGACAGAAGAGGACCAAAAGAUCAAGAUAUUUGGGGACCAGGGCCUAAAAGGAGACGUCCAGCUAUGGAGGGUACUGGGACAGACAGACAAGGACCUGGAGGUCCAGACUUUAAUGAACCAGGUCCUGAAAGGAGAGGUUUUUCUAUGGAGGACCCUGGGCCUACCAGAAGAGGGCCUGAAAGGAGAGGUCCUAUCAUGGAGGGUACUGGGACUCACAUGAGACAACCAGAAGGUCCAGGUUUCAGAGGAAUAGGGCCUGAAAGCAGAGGCUUACCUAUGAAUCAUCCUGGGCCUGAUGGGAGAGGACCUGGAGAUUCUAGAGGACCAGGGCCUGAGAGGAGAAGUUUAUCUAUGGAGCGUCCUGGGCCUGGCAUUAGAAGACCUGGAGGUCCAGAUUUAAGAGGACCAGGACCUGAGAGGAGAAGUUUAUCUAUGGAGCGUCCUGGGACUGAUAGUAGAGGACCUGGAGAUAUAGAUUUCAGAGAAUCAGGACCUGAAAGGAGAGGUCCAUCAAUGGAGGCUCCAGGACCUGACAGAAGGGGACCAGGAGGUCCAGAUUUCAGUGGACCAUGGCCUGAUAGGAGAGGUCCUGCUAUGGGUGGUCCAGGACCUGACAGGAGAGAAUCAGGAGUUCCAGAUUUUAGUAGGCCAGGACAUGAAAGGAGAGCUCCCACUGUGGACAAUCAAAAACCUGAUGGAAGAGGACCAGGAGGUCGUCCAGAUUUCAGUGGACCAGGUCCAGAUUUCAGUGAACAGGGGCCUGGUAGGAGAGGUCCUCCUAUGGGUGGUCCAGGGCCUGAUAGGAGAGGAUCAGGAGUUCCAGAUUUUAGUGUGCCAAUUCAUGAAAGAAGCGGUCACACUUUGGACAAUCAAGAGCCUGACAGCAGAGGACCAGGGGGUCCAGAUUUCCAGGGACAAGGGUCUGAAAGGAGAUGUCUGAUCAUAGAUAGACCUGGGCCUGACAAGAGAGGACUAUAUAUGAGGGGUCCUCGGCCUGACUUCCUAGGAGUGGGACCAGAACAAACAGGUCCAGGUAUGGAAGAUCCAGGGACUCAUUGUAGAGGACAGGGGGGGCCACACUUCAGGGGUCCUGGGACCGAAAGUGGACAUCCGAAUAUGGAUGGUCCAGGGCCAAACAGGAGUGGGCCAGGAGGUCCAAACAUGAGGAGACCAGGGCUUCAGCAUUCAGAUCCAAACAUAGAAGGCCCAGUUCCUUACAGAACAGGCCCAGAAGGUCAAAAUUUCAGAGGACCUGGGCCAGGAAGAAGACCUCCAGAUAUGGAGGGAACAGGCAACAGCAGGGGCUUUCCAGGCGGCCCACAGUUCAGGUGUCCUGAGCCAGAAAUAAUACCUCCAGAUAUGGGGGGGGUAGAGACUGAUAGGAGAGGUCCACACUUUGGAGGAGUGAGGCCUGAAAGAGCUGUUAUGGAGGGUCCAGGGCCAGAUAGGAAAGGUCCAAGAGGUCCAGUUUUUAGAGGUCCAUACAUCAGACCGAAAGGUCCAGAUACAGAAGGCCAUACGAGGCAUGACUGGGGAGGGGAUGACUUUGGAGGGUCAGAACCUAUCCAAGAUUGCCCAGAUACAGAGGGCAUAGGACCUGCUAGAACAUGCCGAAACUUGAGGGGACCAGAGCCUAUAAGGAGAAACAUUAGAGAACCAGGGCCAGAUAUGAGUAGUCUAAAUUACAGAGACGGAUGGAAAGGGCCAGACUUUAGGGCCUCUGCACCUGACAGGAGAGUCACAGACACAGAAGAACAAUGGGAAGAUGGAAGAGGGUCCAAAAUGGCCUUAGGAAUUGAAAGGAAAUAUUCUGGUGAUGAUUGGAAAAGACAUGGCAACAGGGGUCCAGCACCCAUUGAAGAGGGUCUAGAUGACCACAGUAGGCAAGGUCCUCCAAUGGAAUUGAGAAAUAGGGGGCCAAAGCCCAUGCAGGAAAGACCAAAUAUGCCAUUUCCAGGGCAUUUGAGAUGUCCAGAGGAUGAUUGGGGUGGUUCUGGUUGUGGAAGACCAGGGCCUGUCCAGGACAAUCCAGAUAUGGUGUACCCAGGGCCUGAUAGGGGAGGACCUGAAAAUGAAUGGAGAGAACCUGACAGAGGGUGUGCUGGGCCAAAGAGAUGGGGGCCUGGUCCAUUUUUUAGAGGGGAAAGAGAUCCAGACACUAUAGGACAAGGCCCUGAUAGAAGAGGUCCAGGCAUGACAGGACCAGGAUCAGAUAUGAGAGGGGGUCCAGAUAUGGGUAAUGACUGGAGGCAGCCAAACCUCAGGGGUAAUAUGAGAGGGUUAAACAUGAAAGAACCUGGGGCUUAUAGGGGAGAUCCAAAUUUAGAGAACAUAAGAGGUUAUGAGAUGGAAGGUCUUGAUAGAAGAGGCCCCGGAUGUCCAGAUUUAAGUGAAGGUCCAGGGACUGAUGGACGGUUUUUAGAUUGUAGCGGGCAAGGAUCUGAAAGGCAAGGUAGAGACAUGGAAAGCCCUAGAACAGACAGACAUGGGUUUGAGCAUGAUUUUAGGACGAAAAGGAGGGGUUCAGACAUAAGAAGGCACAGGCUUGCUAGAACAGAUGUGAGGGGCUCAGCACCUGAAACCCCAGAUAUAAGACAUGGUCCUGAGAGGUGGGAUACAAACAAUGAGGGCCUAGGGUCACACCCAAGGAGAUCUGAGCCAGCAUCACCUAAUUUCAAUAGUCCUCAUCAGGUUGCCAGAUCUCAAGGCUCUAGUGAUCCACAUUCUGCAUCAUAUAGUGGGCCCCUAGGUCCAGGUUUUGACAACCCACAAAAUCAGCAAGCAGUAAAACCCCAGAGACACAGAGCUGCCUUACUUCCCACUCCAACAGAAGGUCUCAUACGCUUCCCAAAUCAUAUGAUCAACAAUCCUGAUGUCUUCAGUCCAAAACGUAAACAAAUGGGUCACCCAACAGACAGGGAGUGGAAUAGAGGUAGACCACUAAGUCGGGAAAGAGACUUGGUCAAAAGGCAAAGACUGGAGCAGGAGCAAAGUCCUGUUGGUAAAAUACGGGCACCUGUAGAUGCAUGCACUGAGGGUGGAAGAGAACAAAAGAAAGAGGUCAGUGAAUCUAAAAUCAAUCCAAGCAUGGACAAUGAUGAAAAUAAAAGCAACGUCAAGCAAAGUUAGGUGCCCUCAUGGACCCCUCAGUACAGUAAGGCUUCUAAAUGCUUAGUAUCAUCAUGUUGAGUAAAUACUCAUUCAUUGUAUUUUUCUGAAAGACAUUGACAGUGUGAAAAAAUAGACAUUAUGGUUUGAUGUAGAAGAUGUAUGCACAGAGGUAUUUAAGUUCAUUAUGUUCUUGUUUUUCUUGUAUUCAAAGUAGAUAUGUUUAUUUUUGUUUGUUAUUUGGUUAUGACUAAAUGGCUCUUAACUUUAUUUCAUCACUUGUAAAUUUAACUACUUGUGUACAUUUCUAGUUUAAAAUUGUCAGAAAGGUUUUGUACAGAAAAUGUACAGUUUUUGUUUCUUUGUUUUUUUAACAUAGCCAUAGUGCCAGUACAAUAUCCUUGAUCUGACUUUUAUGUUCUUCUGAUAAGAAAAGACUGGUUUCAUUGUUCUUAUAGAAUGCAAGAAGUCAAUAAAAUGAGACAUAUCUUUUUUAAA